UAGUGUGUGCGUUCUCCUUCGCUCCGUACUACUAUUCUAAAGUUUUCCUCUCGAGAAAACUGAGUGUAAUAAAACAUAAUAUAGUUUACUACUGCCAUGGACAAGCUGUGAGAGUAAUUUUCGUCUGUGAUACAGAUUAAACAUUGGUAACUUCUACGUCUUAGAUUCAGGGCAUUCUCUAGUGUUGCCAACAAAAAGGAGCCUGGCGGCGAUAGCAGCAGGAAUGCAAGAUUUUCCCAGACGGUUAAGGAGGAGGACACAAUGAACAGGGAGAACGUCUCCAACAAGAUAGCAGCCGGCAUGGACCGCUGGCAUAACACCCUGGAGGACAUGAUCAACCUCCGUUCCUCCAAUAAUCAAGUCUUCAAAGACAAUUACUGGGCGCAACACGGUUUUGAUGAGCUGCGUCGCUACGUGAAGCAAGGAAGCGAUUUCAGUAAAGAAUUAGCUGUAAUUUUACAGGAAAGAGUGCAAGCAGAAAACUAUUACUCUAAAUGUUUAGCGAAACUUGGGGCAAAGCUAAGCAAAGCAUGCAAGGAAAGCGUUGGUUCUUGUGCAGAAGCAUGGAAACACGUCGCCAUAGAAAUGGAAAAACGCGCUGAAAUACAUAGAAACUAUUCCAGCGCUCUUGCGGACGAGUUAGUGAAACCAAUGAAACAUGUCGCCGAUAACCAAUUAAAACUUAGAAAGAAGAUUGAAGGAAACGUAGAUAAAACGACGCGAGCACUUACCGAGUGGCGGACGGCAGAAGCAAAAUCAAAGAAACAUUCUCACACUGCAGCCAGAGAAAAUGAAAAGCUCCAGGACGCAACUUUGGAAAUUAGCCGCAUAUCGCGGAGUUCAAGUGUGGGCCACAUUCCACACGCGCAUUCUAUCCUCAGCGCAGCGCGCGCCGAGCGAGGGACUAACGCUACCAGUGAGAAGGACGUCGCCAAGCUCAAGGUCAAGAAACGGAAGACAGAAGACGCUGUUAAAAAGACUGAAGUGGAAUAUUACAAUAUCUGCGUGCAUGCAGAGCGCUCCAGGUUAGAAUGGGAGACGAGUGUGGUAAAGGGCGCGGGCAUGCUGGAGUCCCUCGAAGAGGAACGGCUUGCACAGCUUAAAUCGUGUGCCGAUUGUUACCUCAGAUUGACCGCUGCAGUGCCUCCAAAAUUGACCGAGGCAACAAACGCUCUCGUAGUGCCAAUACAAAACGCGAAUGCCAAUUUGGACAUGAAAGUAGUGCGAGGUGUCAGGUCAGCUCCGCCAGGCGCCAGCGAACAAUUGCUCCCGGACUUCUAUUGCGAACACACCACCCUCGCUAUGAACAAGGAACGGCGUAAACAGGCUCUAUUGAAAAUAUUACAACUAGUGAAACAAGACAUUGAUCGGGAGCGGAAGUCGAUGCAAGGCCUGGAGAAGCUAGCAAUGGCAAUCAAGCAAACGCCUACCUUUGGCACAGACGACUCGCAGCAAAAUGUGGCAGACAAGCUAUAUCACAUGCGCUCCAUGCUCACAUACUUAGAGGCGGUAAGAUACAAAAUAUCAACGAAUCUAAACGAACUGGACAAUAGGCCCACGAUACAGCAUCCAUUAGCGGCUCACAUACAAAUAAUUAGAGAUAAACAAGGAACACAACAAAGUUUAUUGAAAGUACCACCGUGGUUGCAAGAGGAUUACCAGUCCGAAGUAAAUAAGAACCUGCAGCCUAACUAUACCGCGCUGACGAAGAGCAUAAACGGAGUGGAGGAGCGAAGGGACUCGAUAAUGAGUCGUGCCUCGAGCAAGCUGCGCAUAGAGCAUUUGUCGUUUAGGAGGAACGUGGAACAUAAAAGCGCGCCGGUAACGCCAGUCUCGGAGUUAUCCACGCCUCCCCUGAAGUCAGAGACACCGGAAGCGCCGCCACCGCCUGAAAGCCCCUUAGACUGGAGCGAAAGAGGCGCGGGCGACGGUCUGUCCAACCAGCAAGACAGCGAUUUCGAUGAAUUUUCGUCCCAAAGCGACAGCUCCACGGACUUGGUCGACAUGAUAAAGAAAGAAAACGGACACACUCCUGCCCAAACUCAAUCUAUUGGGAAGUGCCGCGCACUCUACGCGUACGAGGCGAGACUGAACGACGAACUUACUUUAGCACCAGGGGACAUAAUCAACGUACACGAGAAGCAAGACGACGGGUGGUGGUCGGGAGAUCUCAAUGGCAAUUUCGGAAUUUUUCCAUCCUCCUACGUCGAAGAAAUUACCACUAGCAUAUGAGUUUAAAAUCAGAGAAACUAUUGUUAUGUGCACUACGUAAACUAAACACAACUACAUUAUAAAGGAACGUUAAUGCGAAUGUAAAUGAAAGUAAGGGUGAUGGCGUACCUACUUGCUAAAUUGCUAGCACUUAGAGCCGGCCGCAAUAAUAAUAACUUUAAUAAUAUAAUAUUCAAUGGAAAUCGCCAGCUCUGCUGUAUUGCAAAUUCGAAAGAUCGAAAGAAUAUUAAAACUAGGCGCGUGUCAACGUACAACAAUAAUAAUUUCAACAACCAAUUACAUAGAUGAUGAAAACGUUUAAGACUGGUUGCUGACACGACAUGCGCGAGUCCUACUUGCACUUGAUCGAGACUUUUUAUUAUUUUGUAUUAUAACAUUUGUUUACUUUUGUAUGAAAGCUGUAACGAGCACAACUAUAAACUGCCAGCGUAGGAUUAAUGCCCUGUGACUAUAGCCUGUAGGGUUUCAAUUCCAGUGGCCUUAAAUCCUGUCAUAUAAACCAAAUGAAGAUUCACAAACCCCAUACCGGUUUUAUUCAAGCAAAAAUACGUAUGAAUUCAAUUUAUCACAGGUAUUUGAUAACCAUCAAUGGUUAUAUUAAUCUACCAUCUAUGACGGGGGCAGAAAAUGUUAAUGGCAAUAAUCAUAAAUAAAUGAUGGCAAAUAACUUAGAAUUAAAGAUAGUCAUAUAGAUUGUAAGUGAGAGUAUGAGCAAUAACCAAAAUAUAUCGAUGUAUAAAAAUAUAAUACGUAUAAUUAUAAAUUGUAAAUAAGUAACAGCACGGAGCGAAUAUUAUAGUUACAUAUGUUAGGUCAAACAAGGGUCAAGCCCAUUUUAUAACUGCACGCAUCGGCAACGCGCACAUACCUACUAUAAUACAUUUGCGUUAACAAUGCAGUAAGUAGGUAGGUAAUCGUUCGGUGUAAUGUUCUGUGUUAUGUCAUUCGGCUUUUGAAUUGCCUACUGCAUUAAUAAUUUGAAUUGAGUAAUAUGGAAUGUUUUUCUACACGAUAAUGUAUACGCUACAUAACGUAGUCCAUUGUGAAUUAGGUUGUUUUAACUUACUAUUUUAGAAUGAUGUAAAUUAUUAA